AGGGCCGUCAGGGUCAUCCGAGGGUGUAGCUUAAAGGCUCUGCCUCUCCUACAAACAGACCCAAAACUUGACUUUUGGCAGUUGAGCGCAGGACAUCAUGUUGGCAAGGAGCUGCAUUUUGUUGAUUCUGCUGUUUGGCAUUGCUGCAGCUGCAGUGUUUGUGGAAAAGCGGGAGGCCGACGCUGUGCUGAGCCGAUGGCGACGCGCAAACUCUGGAUUCUUGGAGGAACUCAAGCAAGGCAACCUGGAAAGGGAAUGCCGCGAGGAGAUCUGCGACUACGAAGAGGCCAGAGAGGUGUUCGAGGACGACACCCAGACGAGGCAAUUUUGGCAGACAUAUGACCGUCAGGACCCCUGCAGAGUCAACCCGUGUCAUAACAACGGCGUGUGUGUCACCGUUGAAAACGGCUUCCAGUGUCAAUGUGCCGAAGGCUUUGAGGGACGCUUCUGUCAGAUGGUGUUUGAAGACUCACUCAAGUGUAUUUACCACAACGGCCAGUGUCAGCACUUUUGCGACGGCUCAGGGAAACGCCGCAAAUGUUCCUGCGCUGACGGUUACAUUCUGGGCGAGGAUGGGCGACAGUGCAUUGCUCAAGUGGAAUUUCCAUGUGGUCAACUGGCUCCAACCAAUCAGAGUCUGAUGGAUCAGACGAGGCUUGUUGGAGCCAAUCAUUGUCCCAAAGGGGAGUGUCCCUGGCAGGUUCUGAUUCAGUUGAACGGAGCCAGUCACUGUGGGGGCACUCUGAUCCAUCCAGACCAAGUCCUUACUGCAGCUCACUGUGUCCACGCAAUCAACCCGGACAAACUUACUGUCGUGGCAGGGGAACUUAACCUGGAUGUGGACGAAGGCACGGAACAAAGAAUCCCAGUUUCCACGGUGAUUGUUCAUGAGGAUUACAAUAUAGCGACGGGAGACAGCGACAUUGCGCUUCUGCGUCUGAGUGAAGGCGUGUCCUUAAGUAGCCAUGCCCUACCAAUCUGCCUGCCCACCAAAGACUUGGCAGAGCGUGAGCUGCUGCUGUUGCGCUACCACACUGUUUCCGGCUGGGGCAAGAGAACCAGCGGAGGAAACGACCACAGCACCGCAUCCAUGGGGGAGCGCACAUCCCCCAUCCUCCGCAAGAUGUCUGUGCCCAUCAUCCAGAACUCCCAAUGCUCCCUGAGAUCCCGCUUCAACUUCACAGACAACAUGCUGUGUGCCGGCUACCUGGAGGGUCAACAGGAGAGUUGCCGUGGAGACGACGGGAGCCCAUUGACCACUCUCUAUGGUUCCACCCACUUCCUUUCAGGCGUGGUGGGUUGGGGGCGGGGUUGCUCCAUCCCAGGGUACUUUGGCGUUUACACCAAGGUGGCUAAAUUCGUUGACUGGGUGGAGUCCAAGAACAUAGCCUCAACCACAAUGUCACCUGGCCUGCUGCAACAGAAAGUGGUUUAACAUUCAAGAUGAAAAACAUUUUAUUUGUACUUAAUUGUAUGUUGUCAAGAAAUUAAAAGUUUCAGGUCUGAAAUAAAAAAAAAAAAAAAAAACA